GUUCUUCGUGUUGCUUCUUCACAAAAUCAUGGAUGAAGAGGGAAGGGAACAAGUUCGUGCAAACGCAUCUGGUGUUGGAGCUGAUUGGCUAAGAAAGUUACCUGAAUCCUUGCAAUGGCAUGUUCUCUUGAAACUUCCGACAAAAGAUGUGGUCAAGGCAAGUGUCGUAUACAGCAAAUGGAGACAUCUCUGGAGGUAUGUUCCUGGUCUGGACCUGGACUGUCGUGAUUUCAAGGAAUACAAUGUUGUUGUGAAAUUCAUCGAUAGGUUCUUGAGCUUCAACAGUGAGUCGUCCUUAGAAAAGUUUAAGAUAAGGUACGAUAGUGUUCUUGAUGCGGAUGACGAUGGAGAUGAGCAGACUGAUAAUGCUAAUGUUACGCGUUGGAUAAACGCUGUCGUUAAGCGACAUGUUAAGCAGCUCGAUGUUGCCUGGGGUGAAGUGGUGAUGCCUCCAUCACUUUACAUGUGUGAGAGCUUGGUUUCUUUAAAGCUGUCUGAUGCAAAUUUGCCUAAUCUUGAGUCUGUGUCUUUACCGUCUGUCAAAGUUCUUGAUCUAGUUUUGGUUAAGUUUGCCAACGAUUUGGCUUUCGAAAGGCUCAUCUCAGGCUGCUUUGUUCUUGAAAGCUUAGUUUUAUACAGAAGCCCCAAUGACAAUGUCAAAGUCUUACAUGUGAGCUCUAAGUCUCUGUUGAGCUUCGUC